UGUGUGAGUGAGGUGGCCCAAGGCAGGCUGCUGCUCCUCUGCUGCCGCAGCUCGGUGGGGCCGCCAGGCUGCGCUCUCGGGCCGGCUGGAAGGCUGGCUGCAUCCCCGGGCUGCUGGGGCUCCGGAGCGCCAGAGCCUCCCGGGGAGCGGGCGGUGCAAGCAAGCGGGCGGUCCCGGGACAGCAGCAGCUGCUGCAGCGGGAGGAGCCGGAGCGGCUCGCUGCUGCAGCGGGAGCCGCCCCGGCUCGGAGCUCCGCUUGGCCGGGCUGCGGAGCUCGCACCUGGCGCCCCUCGAGGGGGGGCUGGCGGGCUUCGGCUGGACUUUGGCGGCCAGAGGCGGGCUGCCGCGGAAGCGCCGCCGGCCGCUGCUGCCGCCCGAGGUGCCCGCGCCGCUCUUCUCCGUGCUCGGCAUGACUUGCAAAGGCUCAUCGGGCUGGGGGCUUUGGGUGGCCCCUCUAGCAGCGCUGUUAUCUCUGCGAGAUCUGGUAUUUGCAAAACUGUUUUAAAAUUAGAGAGUACUUCUACAGUACGAGACCCAUGGAAGGAAGGAGAUUUGUUAACAUUUUCCAGGCAAGGUCUAGUGAGUCCCCUGGAGGUGUUCAUGAACACAAGGAGUGUUGAAGUUGCUCGGGGCCAGACUGCAGUCCUGCCCUGUACCUUUACCACUAGUGCUGCGCUGACAAACCUUAAUGUCAUCUGGAUGGUCACCCCACUCUCCAAUGCCAACCAACCUGAACAGGUUAUUAUUUACCAGGGGGGUCAAAUUUUUGAUGGUGCACCCCAGUUUUACGGGCGAGUGGGGUUUGCAAUGACAAUGCCAACCACCAGUGCCUCCAUCUUCAUCAACAACACCCAACUCUCAGACACUGGGACCUACCAGUGUUUGGUCAACAACCUACCAGACCGAGGUGGCCGGAAUAUUGGAGUCAUUGGACUCAACGUCUUGGUUCCUCCCUCUGCCCCAGUCUGCAGAAUUCAGGGCUCUUUGAACAUUGGCAGUGACAUCAUACUGACCUGCAAUUCAGAAGAAGGCAUCCCUCGGCCAACGUACUACUGGGAAAGAUUGGACAAUGCUCCAAAGUUACCUCCAACAGCAACACAAGACCAAGUUCAGGGUACAGUCGUUCUUCGCAAUAUCAGCACUGUGUCUUCAGGACGUUACCAGUGUGUGGCAACUAAUGUCAUUGGAAGCAGCACCUGCUUUCUUGAAGUUCAAGUCAUUGCACCCCACCCACGGAGCAUCGGCCUGAUUGCUGGUGCUGCAGCUGCAGGGGUCAUUGUGCUCAUUGUCUGCAUUGCUCUCGUGGCUGUCACACUCUCAUACUGGAAAAACAAACACAAGGAAGAAGAGGAAGAAGAGAUUCCUAAUGAGAUAAGGGAGGAUGAUCUGCCACCCAAAUGCUCUUCAUCCACAAAAGCAUUUCAUGGUGAUGCUUCCUCAUCAGAGAAUGACACACUCACCUCAUCCAACACCUACAACAGCCGGUACUGGAAUGACCCCAAAGCAAACCAUGCUACAGACUCUUUCACUCGCCUCAACAACGAUGCACGUCCGUCCUUCUCCCGCUCUGGAAGCACCAACAACCGUCCAGUCUAUGCCAAUGGAGGUCACCCAACCCCCCCUCCACCCAAGACAUUGGUGGUGACAACCAAUACAGCCCCCUCUCCACAGGAGAUGGCCAGGAGCAAUGGUUCAGUGAGCCGAAAGCCAAGACCCCAGCACACGCGCUCCUACGCCGUGAGCCAGGCAACGCUGGAGAGGAUAGGUGCUGUGCCUGUCAUGGUGCCAGCGCAGAGCCGGGCAGGCUCUUUGGUGUAGGAAGGGGAAGUGGUUCAAAGGAAACAGGAACCUGUUGCACUGAGUGGGGGUGAAGACCUGGCCAAAACAAGAGACCCUCCUCUUCCUCCCUGAAAUGCACUGAAGGGGAAGCUCAAGCCUCUCCUCUGUUCCCUCCCUCACCCCAACCAACUCUGUCCCACCAGUGUGAGAGUCUCUCCUUUGCUACCCCACCCUCAUGAUCUCAGGGGGCUCCUCAGCUGCGGCUGGAUGUGCCAAGGCCAGGGGGAGGGGCACACAAAACGGCAUCACAGGGGGGUGAUGCCAUACUUGGUUUCUAAGCUCUAUCCAAUGUGAAAUUGGGGGAUGUUACCACAAAGGACAGCAAAUGAGGUGGGGUUUGGAGAGCCCUACAGUUGACAGAGGGGUCUUUAGAGGGGAGAACUCAACAGUCCACUGCUUGGCUCAGAAGAGAUGUCAGAAUGGGAGGGAAACAGUGAGAUGCUGGCCAACCCAAGCUGAUCUCCGAGGAACAAGGCAGAGAGAGGACGACGAUCCAGGCCGAGAGAGUAGGGUGCGAUGGGAAUUGGCUUGAGAGUUAUGUUUUCUUCUUUAUUUAUUUCUUUACAUCUUUCCCUGCUUCCCCCUCUUCCCAGAUUGGAUGUUCUCCCUGCACUAGUUGUUUGGAUGCUUCCAGCACCUCCUGUCACCUCCAUGGAAACUGUUGUCACCCUGGCAUUGUUCCCCAAUGAGCUGCUUGGCGUCAGAAUGUGCUGCUGCUGUUGCUGCCCCCGCGGUGGAGAGGAGGGGUUGGAGGAAUGGCAUGGGGUGGGAAGCUGAAGCCUCCAUUGCUUACAGAGCUGCUGUGUUUUCCUGGCGUGUGGCUGACACUGUCAAAGAGCUUUGGCAUUUGCAUGGCAGGGUCUCCCUUCAGGGCUGUUAGGGGCUGGCCUGCAUGGCCAGGCUGAUGACUGAACGUUCACAUUUGAGGCAUCACAUUUAACCUUCCCUUAUUGGAUAUUUGGGCUUCUUAUACUGGGAGGGGGAGAGAGAGAGAGAGAGCAAGAGAGUGCAAAGUAGGAGCCACAAAGGGAUGGCUGCAUUGCCCCCUUUCCCCUUCCUGUGGCGUGGCCAGCUCUAAGUGGUACCCCACGGUGGCAGGCUGGGGUGAGGCCUUGGUUGCCUCCAUGUCUCGCCGGCCUGCACGGCUUGACAGGUUUAACUCUUGCAACUUCAAUAGCCUUAAUCAUAGCUGAGGAUUUAAACACAUACAAGGGUCUUUUGUGCCCCAGAGGGGACUUAGAGCUGAGGGCCAUUUCCUAAUACCUCGAGGAGGCAGAGCCAAGGGACACUCCCAGAGUCCCGCUGUCCACACCUGCCUCAUUUGUAAUGCUGACACACUGAUCUCCUUAAAGGGAAACGCUCCCCUUGAAAGCACUGACAGGCUUUCCUUCUGCACUGACAAAAGACAUCCUUCCGAUCUAACCCCGGCACUACGAUGGGGGUGUCUUGCUCCACAGGCACCCCUCCACUUUCCAACAUGCACUGGAAAUGGGGUUCUUAGAGAUCAAUCACUAAUGCUCUUCUGCUUCUUCCACUCUGCCUCACCCUAACUUGACCUUUCUUCCAAAUGGGCACAGAGGCCACCAGGGGAGUCCCCUGCCUGGACCCUAUAGCUUCUUUGCCCAUGCCAUCACUGCAGAGAGAGCCCUUUGGGUUGCACUGGGUUUGAAGCUUAGCUGAGAUUCUGUGCCUUCUUUGCUUUGAAAAAUAAACGCGAUCCUUCCCCCCACCCGAGUCCUCCUUCCCCCCACCGAACAGCGUACACAACUUGCUUCAUCGACUUCCGAGCACACCAGGCAGACAGAUGGUUGCCGUAUUUAUACACGUUUCCCAGGGAGAAAUCUCUCUCCUCAUGUGCUCACUGCCGGUUUCUCCUUUCCGUACUUGGAGGUUGGUGGUGGUGGUUAGGGCAGGGUGGGGGGGUGGGGAAGAGUGGCUUUUAAAUGUGAAAAACGAGAAAAAUAACACACACACACUCUCUCUCUCUGCUUUUAUAACAACAACAAAAACAUUCGAGACAUUUUCAAGGGGUGCUUGAAACACAGAAGCCCGCACUCCAGUGCUCAGAAAGCUCUUUCUGGUUCUACUAUUCAUGAGGCUGUUUGCUCCUCUUUCUUUGUUCUUUCUAAUUGUUUUAAAAAAACCAAUAAAACUUUUAUUCAUAUAAAAGGGAAAA